UUAAAGCCACCCAGCCCUCACCGUCGGCACUGGCUGAUCCUUGAGAUGGACCACCGCCCACAUGUCAAACACCGUCGUUUCAAUCAGCAUUAUAUGGCUCCCAUUUUGUCCCCUCCCACACUUCCCACGGGGCCCCCCCACGUGACUCCACGAAUAUUCCUUCCAUCUUCUCCGCCGGCGAAUAUUCCACGGUGGCUGCUACGUGGCAUCUAAUCUUUUCCUUCUCAUGGUCUCUGUGACCACCUCACCGUCGAUCAUCUUGAUGUUUCCUCAAGAUGCAUCUGACAGUUAUUAUGGGAUGUUGAUGUACACAUGAGCAUGUCGACACAAAAAUCUGUUCCCAUUGUAAAUUUCUUCAAUCAUGUAGCUUCAGAUUCCUCGCCGAGAUUUCCUCUGCAUGUCCAUACACGUAUUAUAAAUACUAUUUUUUUUCCCAUUAAAUACAUUCCUCUUCUAUUUUGUUUUUAAAUAAAAUGCCCUGUUAAAAAAAAAACUUUGCAAAUAAUAAAAUUGUUACUUAAAAGUGUUUAGUUUAUAUAUAUAUAUAUAUUCCCUGCCUGAAUAAAAACAAGAAUUCUAUGUUUUUUUUCUAUAUUGCCAUGUACACUUGUUGAAUUUUGGUCACCUGCUCUUGCAAGGAAUUGCUUUACUGCAGGAACAUUCAAGUCCUCUUGGCCCUCUUUAUGCUUUCUUCAUAGCCAUCUCUUCCCUCUUCGCUUUUGGAUCUUCUUAUGUUCUGGCAGGGGAGAAUUUUAGGAAGAGCAAAAGCAACAAACCUGCUUGACGACUUGUAUUCUCCAGUCAGUGAUUGUUUCAUGAAGUACAAAAGCUAGCUUUAGUUGGAAACUUUGGCUGUUGUAUUAUAUAUAAAACAUGGAGAAAACAACAUUUGGUGUUGGAGGAGGGAGUUAUCCAUACGAGAACGGGGUGGUGAUGAUGACAAGAGACCCAAAGCCAAGACUUAGAUGGACUGCUGAUCUUCAUGAUCGUUUUGUUGAUGCUGUCACCAAACUUGGUGGCCCUGAUAAGGCAACUCCAAAGUCAGUGUUGAGGUUAAUGGGAUUGAAGGGUUUGACAUUGUACCAUUUAAAGAGUCAUUUACAGAAAUACAGACUUGGGCAGCAGGCUCGAAGACAGAACAAUACAGAACAAAGCAAAGAGAGCAGAGGAGCUUCAUAUGUAAACUUCAGUAAGCGCUCCUCAGGGACAAGCACCAGUUCACCAAGAAUCGAUAAAGAACAAGGAGAAAUCUCAGUUGCAGAGGCAUUAAAUUGUCAGAUUGAAGUACAGAAAACAUUACAAGAAAAGCUUGAGGUACAGAAGAAGCUGCAGAUGAGAAUAGAAGCUCAAGGGAAGUACUUGCAGGCCAUACUGGAGAAAGCUCAGAAAAGCCUCUCGCAAAACUUGAAUGAUGACAGCAAUGGAAAUUUAAAAGCCACAAGAGCUCAUUUAACAGGCUUCAAUUCCGCUGUUUAUAGUCUCAUGGAGAACUUGAAUGCAGAAGAUAGGAAACCAAGCAUCACUGAUUUGAAAGGUAUCAAUAUGAAGGAAAAUGGUCCGGCGAUGCAUAUUCAGAGAGAGGGACAGACACAGGAAACCAAAGAUGUUAAGCACCACCUUCAAGGGGAUUCCAUACAUUUUGACCUAAACGCCAAAGGUACCUAUGAUUUUGUCUCUGCAAAUGGAUCUGAAUUGGAACUGAAAAUGCUUUCAUAUAGGAGAUAAAUUAGUGGUAAUAUUUACCAAUUACUUCUAUAACAAACAACUGUAACUGCUUAUAGUGUGACCCUCAAAAGCUGCUUAUAAAUUUUGUAGAAAUUAGAUUUUGGAGUUCUUUUUACUAUCUUUUGAUUUAUAGGGAGGCCUAUCUAUUCUGGUCACUGCACAACCAGAGUACUUUCCUGGAGUUGUCUGUGUUUGUUUUUUAGGUAAUUCUCAUUAUAGGAACAUUUUAAACUAUGUCAAAUCUACAGUAACUUGUGUUCAAGAA